UUGUUUUCAGGGUUUGGAGGCCGAUAGCCUGAGACUAGAAGCUCUUGGAACAGACAACAAUGGGGCAUCGUACUGGUACUUCUACGGCACGCGACUGUACAAAGAAGACCCCGAGAUCAUCGCACAGGACAAGGCAGACAAGAAAAAACAACAAGACAAGAAAAAGCGUAAGAAGUUAAAAGAAAAGGAGAAAAAGAAGAAACAGAAGGGGAAAGGUAAAGACAAGACCAAGAACAAAGUCAAGCACAAGAAAAGGAAAAAGGAUGAUUCCAGUGACUCAGACUCCGAGAUGUCAGACCAGGAGGAACAGUCCAAGAAGAAGAAGAAGAGGAAACACAAUCCAGGCAAAGACUCCGCUUCAGAUGCCAGCUCUGAUGGGGAGGACAAUGACAGCCAUGGUAGUGAGGAUGAGAGGGAGUUCAACGAAAGGUGGAGUCUAAUAUGCAGCACGGCAGAAGACUGGUCCAACUUGGCCGAGUCCUUCCGAGGCAGUAGAACCCAGGUGGAACGUCGUCUGUACAAGACUCUCAUGGAAGACUUCGUCCCCGAGAUCCCAGAGAUGAUAGCUGCCAAGGACAACAUUGACACUAUCUAUGCUCGCUGGGCCGGCAUUGCUGCCGACACCCAUGAGAAGUUGCAAGAGAAGAAGCUCCUUGACCUUGCGCCUAGAAGAGCCUCUGAGAGGAUACAGGUCCUGCGGAUAAAGCAGGAAGAGGAGGAGAGGUUGGCUGCCAUUGCCCUUGCUGAGGAGCAGGAGAGACAGAUGAAGGAAGAAGCUGAACUUAGGAAAAAGCUGGAAGAAGAGAAGAAGAAAGAGCGUGAAAGACGGGCCAAGCUGCGGGAGGAGGCCAUGGAGAGGGCCCGCGAAGCACGAGAAAAGCGCGCCCGUCUGCGGGAGGAGAAGGCGUGGCUGUUGGCGCAGGGGAAGGAGAUCCCGCCUGAGCUGCUCAAGUCUUUCGAGGACUCCCCACAGCCACCCGACGCCCAGGACAGCUCUGACGCAGACAUGUUUGAGCUGGAUGAUGAUGUCUACAUAGCUAUGUACAAAGUUUUUGAUUCAGUGAAGGCACAUGAAGAUGCCUGGCCAUUUGCUGAACCUGUGGACGAGUCUUAUGCUCCAGGCUACCAUGACAUCAUUGAGCACCCCAUGGACCUGUCAACAAUAGAGAAGAAACUCAACGACAAGGUCUACACCAAGAAAGAGGAAUUGGUUGCUGACUUCCAACUGAUGUUUGACAACUGUCUGGACUACAAUGGGCCCAACAAUGAAUAUACGGAGAUGGCACAGAAACUGGAGAGGCUGUUCAAGAAGAACAUGAGGAAAGAGUUUCCUAAAGAAGAGGCCGAGAGUGAUGAUGAGUAUCAGGUUGGAGAAGAUGAGAUACCUGUCUCGGAGAUCAAGAAGAAGAAGAAGAAGCCAGGUGAGAAGGGGCCGUCCGGUCAGGUGGUAAUGUAUCACAACAGAGACCAGGAGAGCCCGCCCCCUGGUUCAGAGAUGAACAACUCGUACAACAAAGUGCAGCCACCGUUUCCGUACAUGCCCAAUGAAAUGCAGAUCCAUCGCAUGGCUAAUGGUACUGUGAUGUCGCAGGCUCCUGGAGGGAUGAACUAUCCACCAGGCCACCCCAUGGCCAGACCCGGUCAUCCGUACAUGCAGCCUAAUGGAGGUCCCAGACCUGGCAUGUACCCCCGUCCUGUACAGGGUUAUCCUCCCCAGCACCCAGGGAUGCCCCAGGAUGGGAGGAACGCCCUCCACGAGGCCUUCCUGAGGCACCGUAUGGGGAAGGAGGUAGGACAGAGACCACCUGGGCCGUACGACCCCAACAGGCCCCCUAACAUGCCGUACAGUAACGGCCCUGGCCAAGGAAACCCUAUGUACAGAAUGCCUCCAAACAUGCCUCCCAACGGGUACCCACAACAACAGGGAGUUCCACCGUAUGCUGCUAACAGCCCUCAAGUUCCACCCAAUCAGAGACCACCAAAUAUGCCACCUUACAGCGGACAGCAGUGGAUGCCCCCGGCCCCGGGGCAGGGCCCUCCCCACCCCCAUGACCAACGUAAUCCCAUGAUAACUCAGGGUCAGAGACCCCCUCAGCCUGGUGCUGUGCCGCCCCAGCCAGGAUAUCCCAUGCAGCAACGGUACCCUCAGAUGAUCGACUUGAACCAACAUUCCAGAGAGUGGGUCAACAGACCGCAGGGCCCGCCUGGGGCGGCCCACCCAGGGCAGUCCCCGCAGGGCCCACAUCAAGGGCCUCCUCAGGGGCCACCCCCAGGGGCUCCGCAAGGCCCACAUCCAUCUGCACCCCAGGGGCCUCCUGGGCUCCCUCACCCUCAGAUGCAGGGCCCACCACCGAUGUCUCAGGGAAACUACAUGCAGCAAGAGAGAAGGUAUUCUCUGGUCAACCCAGCUGCCUUUGGGCCUCAGGGGCAGCCUGUCGUCCCAACCAGCCAACCUGUGGCACCAUAUCCCCCGGCAACUCUGCCUAACAACAGCAAUAACACCAUACCACCUGACACUACAGCAGAUCCUGGCUCCAGGCAAACACCGGAGGGUCAGCAGGGGGAGGGGAAAGGUGAAACACAAUCAAAAUCAGCAGAUACAGGCAGUGAAAACAAAGAUUCGGCUACUUUUGAGCAGGGAGAAUCAUCUGCACCAAGGACUGGAAGUCCACAAGAUAAUCAACAGCUCAAAUCUCCAGCAGCUGGAAAACAAGAGGGCAGCACUGACAGUAGUGGAGACAAAACAGAGGGACAAGACAGUCAGCCACCAGAAACAUCAGAUAUUGCAGAUAGAGAAGGGAAGACCCCAGUGACUAGGGAGUCCAACAGAGAAGACAGUUCAGGACCUCCACAUGAAGGAUCAACAACAUCGACCACUCCUGGUGUUCCCACUUCCCACGCGGCUGGGACACCUCUUCCUCCCCAUCAUCCACAAAUGCAGAUUCCUGCCAGUGCUUCAGGUGUGCAAGUGCCCCAGAUGCCAUCACAUGGGAUGCAGAGAUACCCUGCUCCGCACCGCUCUCAGAUCCCACCCCAGUACCAGAUGCCCCCGGGCAGCAGUGCUGGACAUAUGCCACCUGGAGUGGGGAUGCACAGGAUGCCCAUGCACCACGGCAUGCCCUCACAGAUGAUGGGUAACCCUCCGCACGGAAUGGGCUCAUCCCCGCAUAUGAUGUCUCCACAAGUGCCUUACCACCACCCCCACAUGUCCCAGGGGCAGUAUGGGUCCAUGCCCCCAGGGCAGGGGGGACCGGCCGUCCCUCACCCAGGGGUUAGCCAGGCCCACCCGGGAGCCCCCAUGGGUGAUGGCACAUCCCCCUCACAGCCACCCAGGCAGGAGUCCCAGCUCGUCAAGCUACUGAUGAGCCCACGUCUGCCGUCCGCCCCGCGCCACCUCCCAAUGGGCCCCUCACAACCCCACAUGCCGCCCUACGGCUCUCCCAGCCCCUACUACGGAAGACAUCCCGAGGCAGGCUUUGCAAACGGCGUACAGAGCAGGUUACCGUUCAACAUGGCCACCUCCACCCAACCACAGACUGCCACACCCAUACACAGAGUAGCCAACCCAGCAGUGUCAGGAUUUAGUACAUCAACGUCUGCCGUAACCUCCGCAUCCACAGAGGCGUCGUUGAGCACAGUAGCAGUCUCCGGUUUGAUAGACGGAGAUGAUGACAUCGGGUUUGACGACAAACCUAAACCCAAGCCAGUGGAACCGGCAGCGACAGAGGGCGACAGUAGAUCAAGCAGCCCAAAAGAAAUCCUAGACUUAGACAGCCAACCAAAACCUAAGCCUGCCAUGUCAGCAGCCCCGCCUUUCCCAUUCCAUAGCCAAUCAGGGGCCAUGCCUCAGCCAAUCAGCCAAUCGCAAGCGUCGCCUCAUCUGGUGAGCCAAUUACAGCGAGGCAUGAAUGGACAAAUGAUGGGGAGUUACCCACGGCCUGGCAUGCCCAUGCAGGGCCUCCCACCCAACCACCCCAUGUACAGGGAGAUGUAUGCACAACAAAUGUAUCAGGAGCAGCAGAUGAAGAGACCCUACCCUCCUCAGUAUCCAGCAGCUACUCAGUUCUCAGAUCCCAAGCUUACCCCCCAGCCAACCACCAUGAGCUACCCAGCAGCUAGCUACCAGCAGAUCAGGAACGGCGAACUGCCACCACAGUGAAAGCAUGCUAUCUUCAGGAGACUGAAGCUGAUGAAAUGUGCCUUAGUUCCAGCUUGGUCUCGCCAUGCGAUCAACCACCAACCUCAAGCUACCUCGAUCUUACAGGGCUGAUCUCAAAUGUUCAACGUUUUCCAAGACAAUAUUACUCUGAAGCCAGAAGCUUUGCCUGUCUUCAUGAGAAAGAAUUGUAAAUUGGUCCUUAUUCAGUGUGGAAAGUUUUACUGAUGCUCUCUAAGCAUUGGAGCAACAAACACAUUUUCUUCUAAGCAUAUCUGAACAUUUGAGACCAUCCCUCCCAGGAUGCCUUCCUCCGGAUUUUAAAUGAUAUGCAACCAAGAAGUGAAGUCACUUUUUAUGACAAUAUCGAGAUGUGCACAAUAGUUUACUGUUUUUCAUGGUGUUACAAAGUAUAAAUUAGCAGAAAAUUUAAGGAGAUAUACUUUUGGAAGUACUCAGAUGUGGUGAAUUUUAUCCCCAGACGUGGAAAUCUUUGUUCUAUCUGUGGUGUAUAUGCUGUAGAGUUUGCGAAACUGUGAAUUGCAAGUAGCUAUGAGAGACAGUUGUAGUGGCCUUAUAAGUCAGUAGGAUGGAAAAAUGUGCCAAGACGGGUGAAGAAGAAUGCUAUGUGAUAACGCACAGAUCUUAACAACAACUCUUAAAGUGAAAUACUCUUCAAUCCAGUGUUUUAGCAAACAAAUUAUUCCAUUCUGUCUCUGCCACACAUAAAGCUGUACUUUGCCAUGACUUGUUUGUAGAAAAUAUUUGUAUUCACUUCACCCAUCUUGGCCUGAAAACUUCUGAACAAACAGUUACUCAACAUAUUCAGGGUAUGAAUGUCAUCCAUAGGUAGCAAUACUGUCUAUACAUGUGAUUGUAUAAACAGGCAGGGGAAGUCCAACUUUGCUGAAGAAAGGAAACGUCUUACCAUUCAAUAAGGUAUGAUAUAUUACAAACUUUUUGGUUGUCAAACUACAUUGUUAUGGGUAUUCUUUGCUGGGUGGGUGAGUUUUACAACCAUAUUUUAUUGGAAUUUAAGAAAUGGAUUGGAUAAGGUAUUCAGUUUGGAAGAAACAGGGAUGGCAUUAUGAUGUUGAAUUCAGAUAAAAAUUGGAAUUGCAGCAAAAUUGGACUUUCCUGUCCUGGGUUAAUCAAUUUUUUUUUUGUUGCUGGCUACAAUCGUUCUUUACUGUGUGAUGAAAUAUUCCCUAUCAGGGGGCUGUCAGACUUAAUUUAUGAAGAUACUUGUGUCAUCUUCCGGUGUUUUUGCCAAUCUCAGCUUUGUACAGGAUGCGAAAUGUGUAUAUUUUGAAGUAUGUUGUUCUUGGAGUAUGUGCAUUCAUAUGAUUCAGAGCCCUUGGACGGGAAUGCAGCUAUGUUAUCAGUGAUGCCACCUAGCGAUUUUCCGUGGAAUUGUUAGGUUAGCUCUAGUUUAGGAGAUCGGAUAAAGAUGGUGGGUGUUCUGUGUGUCAUAACUAUUUAUUUGCAUGUAGCUAGAAUAUGUAGAAUAAAGAGAGACACAGUUGUAAAUUUCUUGAUUUCUUUUUUUUUUUGGUUUUCUAUUCUGCUUUGCAGUUGGAGGUAAUAUAAUUCCUGACUGUGGACUCAGGUGAUUCAGGACUAUGACAAUGAUUUGUAUGCAGACAAUUUAAGGACGUACAGCGCUUUGUCCUAAUUUUCCAGUGUUACGGUAUGAAAUGGGAUGCAUAAACUCUUACCUCUGUCCUGGCUUGUGGUCUUUCGUGGUUACUUUAUUCCACCAAAGCCUGUGUUCAACCUUUUUUUUUGUUAUUGUUGAUGUGAGGCACAAAUAGUGUACAGUUUUUGUGAAGGUCAAUAAAUUCAAUUCUAU